AUGGAAAGUGCCACCUUUGUGAUGCUACCUGUGAGCAGUGCUCUGGUGCGGAAAGAGAGGACUGCACCAGCUGCCCCAAAACACGGUGAGGACCACACACACCCCUAUUCAGGAGAUGCAAAAUUCUAUGAAGACGGACACUGCGUGAUUCGCUGUCAGAAGGGGCGUUACGCGAUGGACAGGCAGUGCCAUUUCUGUCACCACACCUGCCAGGAGUGCACAGAUGAGGGACCUGACAACUGCACCAGUUGUGACAAAGACAAGUCUGGAGUGAACAGGUACCUCUAUCAGGAUCAGUGCCGGGAUGCCUGUCCAGCAGAGUUCUUCCACUCUUGGAGGAAACGUUGUGAUGCCUGUCCUGCUGAAUGCAUCAUCUGUUCAGCAGCAGACUACUGCCUCGAAUGUAACCCUAGACACAAAGUCAAAAAUGGCCAGUGUGUCCCACUGGAGUGCAGCCCUGGUGAAGUUGCAGAUACGGAGGAUACAGACUGUCUUCCCUGUGACGAGGGCUGCAAGCAAUGUAAACGCAAGGAUUCAGGGGAUCAGGAAACUGUGUGCCUUAAAUGUGAGGAGGAGUUCUACCAGUUAGGUACAGACUGUCAUCAUUCCUGUCCAGAUAAGACCUACAAUGUGAAAGACACCAUGGUGUGUACUCCAUGUGAGGACAAGAAGUGUAUCAUCUGUGACCCCUCCCAAUGCCACUGGUGUGAAGAGGGACUCUACGUCUUUGAUGGAGAGUGUGUGGAUCACUGUAAGGAAGGUUUCUUUGUGGAUGAGGAGGCCCAGGAGUGUGAGCCCUGUCAUCGUGCCUGUCGUACCUGCGGAGGGCCACGAUAUGACGACUGUGACUCCUGUGAGGAAGAGUUCACACUGAAGAAUGGGGAGUGUUUGGAGGGCAGUCAGCUGGCUCCAUGCCCUGAGAAACACUUCAGAGACAGUCAGGGUCAAUGUGAGCAGUGUCACUCGUUCUGUAAGACUUGUUCUGGAGCAGGGAGGGAGAACUGCACCAGUUGCUCCUCAGGUCGUUUCCUGACCCCUCGACAGACCUGCAUGUUUCGUUGUCUAUCUGGCACCUUUGCUAACAAGGCGUCCAGCCGCUGUGAAGAGUGCUCUGAAGGCUGUGUCAGGUGCCAGGAUGCCAAACACUGCCAGAGCUGCCGCAGUGGCCUUUACCUUCACGAUGAAGUGUGUUUGGUGGACUGUCCCAGAGGGUUUCCUCUAGACGGUGUGUGUCAGCUAUGUGACCAUGAGUGUGCGUCCUGCAAAGGAAACUCUUCACACUGUCUGAGCUGUGAGAUACAAUACUUCCUGCUGGACCGCAGCUGCGUAUCACACUGCCCUGAGGGAUAUCAUGCCUCAGAGACAGAGUGUCAUCGCUGUCCAGCUCAUUGUAAAGAGUGUAAUGAAGAUGGCCUGUGCAAAAAGUGUGCCCAAUACUACUUCCUCCAUGAAGAUAAGUGUGUCGAUGAUUGUCCUGUUGGCUUCUUUGCCAGCGAGGAGCAGGAGGAGUGUGUGCCUUGCCAUGCUGAUUGUGCCUCAUGUGACGGUCCUGACUUUAAUGACUGCGAUGUGUGUCGCAACCCAAAAGCUGUCCGUUACAGUGGAGAGUGUCUGCCUGAAUGUCCAUUACAGACUUACUAUGAUGAAAGCACCAAUGAAUGCAGAGAUUGUGAUCGGACAUGUCUGAGCUGCUCAGGCCCUGAGCCCUCGUCCUGCCUAAAAUGUGAAACAAACAGGUAUCAAGAUGCCAGUGGACACUGCGUGUGGUACACUCACUGCCCACUGCGUUCGUACAUAGACAAGGAUGGGGAGUGCCAAGAAUGUCACAAACUGUGCCAUCGCUGUCAUGGGCCGGGCAAAGACCACUGCCUCAGCUGCAACGAGCCAGAAUCCCUGAUGAACUCCACAUGUGUGCAGAAGUGUCCCAUAGGUUUCUACUCCGAGGGUCAGUAUGAACGUGUCUGUGAGCGCUGCCACUUCAGCUGUAAGUCAUGUGCUGGACGUCACAGUGUGCAGUGCGACACCUGUAAACCUGGAUUCUUUAAACAAGGAAGCAGCUGCGUGGAAACCUGUUCUGAAGGGCACUUUGGAAACACCAGCACCAUGGCCUGCGAGCGCUGUGACCCCUCCUGUAACCAGUGUUGGGCUCAAGGAAACAGAAACUGUCUGAGCUGCAGGGAAGGUUACGUCUUAUUGAGCCAGUGGGGACAGUGUCUGCAUAGCUGCCCUCCAGGCUACUACCAAAGAAGCCACUCCCACACCUGUCUCAGGUGUCACCCCACUUGCAAGACCUGCAGCGAUGAGGGCCCUGUGGCCUGCCAGUCCUGUUAUGACGGCUUCAGAUACAUGAGAGGCAUCUGUGCCUCCAAAUGUCUGGUGGGCUUCUAUGCUGCUUCAAAGGGUGAUGAUCCAAUCUGUAAAGCGUGUGACCAGUCCUGCCUGGACUGCCGAGGUCCCACCAUGAGGAACUGCACAGUGUGUCCUGCACUUCAGAUCUUGUCAGAUGACGGCCGCUGCCUGUCAUGCUGUGGAAAUGAGACACGGCAUGAUGGAAAACCUUUAUCCUUUGAGUGCUGUGACUGCAGCGUCUCACUAGAGGAGUGCAUACUGGGUGUCAACUUUUUGAUAAAAGAAAUGUGGGAUCCAAAGGACCGCCAAGGCAGCACUGCUAAGAUUUUCAUCACUGCUUGUGUCCUGCUGAUUCUGGCUAUAGGAGGAGGGAUCUUCCUCUUCCUCAGUGCCCGAUACAAAUCACACAACAUUGCACCCAAAACCAAAGCUGGAGGCUAUACGGAACUUGAAACCAACGGAGGCGUCACCACACAACCCGCCACCUCUUCUUCUGGGGACUACAAGGACCGAAUCAUUGAGUGUGAGGAUGAUGAGGAAGACGAUGAUGAAGAUAUUGUGUACAUGGGACAAGAUGGGACAGUGUACAGGAAGUUUAAAUACGGACUCUUGGAUGAGGAUGAGAUUGAGCUAGAGUAUGAUGAUGAGAGCUACUCAUACAAAUAAAAAGAAAGGGGACCUGAUGUUAUAGAAGUAUAUCUUCCUAAUGUGGAUAGAUAAUGCUGGGAAAUUUAUUUUAUAAUAUGUGAAGUUUUUUUUUAAACCAAACCAUCAUAGAAGAUGGAGAGUGAUGUAUGAAGAUGUCGUUAAGCACAAAGUGUAGUUGAACAAAAUUCUUCCAACGUAAUCAUUAGGAAUGUCUUCAUCUAGAACAGCCCUAUUCAAUUAGCAGCCCGAAAGCAACCCUCGAGUGGCCCGAAAGCAAUUGCUGCGUGAUUAUGACUUGGGUCCGGCAAGAAAAACACAUUUUACUAACACUGACAAGUGCUGCUCUUUACUGUGUUUAUGCCCUUUUGGA